AUGAGCCUCUCACAAUCCCCAGAGGAACAGACAAACACAGAGGCAGGGAGCCGUAAUGACCCUCCGGCCGAUGAAGCGUUAGCAACGGAAGUCUCACAGGCGCCGGUAGAGUCGAAGGAGGACGGUAAUAAAGACGAUGAGGCCAACGAUUUAAGCUCGCUUGCACCGAACGAUGAAGACAAGGAAUUGGAACGAGACAACGAUCCUACGGAAACCGAUCCCAAUGCCGAGUAUAGAUACAGUUCAUCGUCCACUUCGCUGCCUGGAUCAAGGGGCAGUUUCGGGGAAACAGAAUAUGGAGAAGGAGAAAUAGAAGACUUUCCAGACGAUGAGCAUUUUGACGACGAGGACAAAUCGUUUAUCAGCGAUCUAAGAGGCGGAGUGAGAGGCAUGCGGUCAGCUCGAACCUCGAUCUCCUCUCUGCCUGGAUCAGUUGUCGUAUACCCGACUGGCAAAGUACAAAGCAACGGACAAUUCCAACGGGGAGAUUAUCGACAAAACAUCAACGCCCAUGACAGGAAUUCCAUGAUAGAUGGCAAUUUUGGUGGCAAUAGGGUUCGAUCCAAGAAGAAUAUAGCCAAAGACAGACGUUCGUAUAACUAUGCGCCUCAGGUGAGAGAUAUGGAUUCGCCGUUCCGGCACCCAAGUUCUGUACGAGCUAUGCAGAUGGGUGACGAAGAUUACUACGAUGAUGGGGGCAUGGACGAUGGCAAUUACUUUUCGUCCCCUGCUUCACGAAAUGGCAGGAUGAACGGGCACCAUAACGGAUCCCCCAGAAUGUCAGACAUGUCAUUCCGUUCAAGACCCAUGUCUCCAUCGGAUCAACGCUCUUAUCAUGCAAAGUCACCUCAAGCAAGUCAGCAAACGCAGGAGUAUGCGCUUGUGCUACUCCAUUGCACAUUGCUCCCACCAUCUUUCCCCCUCUCACUACCUGCAGGAUCACCGCCACCAAGUAAGGAACAACUUCGAGAAAUUUUACCCGAGCCCUACUGGAGGAGAUGGAAGCUGUUGGAGGAGAAGAUUGGUGCAACUGGAAUUCUACGUGACCGAGGCAUACUGAUAUCCCAUCCUCAGGAAGCAUAUGACUUGCUUGAGGAGCGAUUGCUUGAAACUCUGGAAUUGACCAGGCCCAGACUUGCAUAUGGCCAUUUUAUUGGCGGUGGAGACGAAACAGAUGGCGAAGAGCACGGUAGUGAUGCUGACGAGAACGAUACCGAUGAAGGUGGCCGUGUAAAGGAGAAGUGCCAGGACUGUGGCCAGAGGGUUAUCAAUAACCUCGAGAGCAUUGAGAAGAAAUGGGAGGUUAGGGUGUACGCUGCAAACGGGCUUAUGGGACAAGGAGCAUGGGCAGCCGCAUGGAAGGAAAUGGAGAAGGUUGAUGUUGAAGUCGGAGUGUGUUUGCCAACCAAGCUGAGAAACGAGUUGGAGCAGAGGCUCGUCCAGGAGGAGACAUUGAGACUGCAACGCCUGGCGGAGGAAGAGAAAAAAACAAAGGAGUCUCAGGCAGAGAAUAAAAUGCCGGAAGGUCAUCCAAAUCCCGCCCAAUGGAAAGUUGAUGGUUUAGAUGACUCCAGCCGUACAAUUCCUACUCGUGAGCAAGCACCACGUAAACCGUCCGUUCGGAAGAGAGAACGUCCUGCUCCUGGCCUGGCACCAACGCAAUACCCUGCGGACGACAUUAAUCUUCUAAAGGCACUCUUCAAUUACAUACGAAUGGUCUGUCAAGGAAAUCAACUUCCUAUAGUGACAGUCCUACUCGUGCUCCUAGCUCUUGUCACGCCAUCACCAUAUAGCCUUUUCGGCCGUUCCUCGGAUACGGCCACGCAGAUUGAUCCCUUCGUAUCCGCUCAGCCUUCAAUUAUAUCAGAGCCCAGCUUCCAGGCGGCAUUUAUGUCUCACUCUUCCAUUUACCCAAGCGAGGCUACGCAGAGCUCAUUAACGACAAUUCAGCAAUCAUCAACGGUGUCAUGUCAUCAACCCCACUCCCUGGAAACGGCGUCAACUCAAUUGAGACCCUCAAGCUCCUCCGCUUACCAGAAACCCCAGCCAGAUGAAAAUGUAUCAACUCAGUUGGAACCGACCCCCUCUCAUCGUGAUCGUGAGACUGAAACAACAGCGUCAACCCAGUCGGAGCCAGCGACUUCCUUCCGUGAAUCCUACCUGGACACAACAACUCCUAUGCAAUUAGAGUCAUCAGCUUCCUUGGCCCCCUCAGCUCCUUCAAAUUCCCCCCUGUCUAUAGUCUCUUUGGCUCCCCCGGCUUCCCCAGAUUCCUCCGAUUCUUCUGGAUCGGUAGCUUCAUCCACUCCGUCCGCCAUGCCGCCUAACAACCGUGAAGAACGUCCAGUGGAGGUACCGGAAUGUCUACCCGCUUCUACUUCUCAAGCUCAUGCAACUAUUUCCGUGGAACCCAUAGUUAUGGAAGCUGAAUCAGAAAGAGAGGGGCUACUUGAAUCUGCCUCGCCGCCACCAUCUGCUUCCCGUUCUAUCAACCCUAUUGUCAUGGCCGCGGACAAAUGGGUUGAAUCGCCGUCUGAGCAACCGUCUAAAGAGGAAGACACUCAAGCCAUUGAGCCAGAUGCAAUAACCUCCACACAUCAGGACACGUAA